AUUUAAUUACGUUUAAGCCGUAUUGUGUUAAUUUUACUGAUUUUAAGGUAAUCGUGUAAAGAAAAUAUAAAAUAAUCCACUGAUGAAUAAUGAAUAGUAAAUUACUGAAUACUAUAGCUAACGUUAUAGACAACAAAGAUGAAGUAAAAAAGCGAAUAGAAAGUGGCAAAAACGCACUCCGCGAUUUGCAAAUUUGUGUUGAUAAUUGCCAAAGUCGUUUUGGAGGAAAAUCUGAACUGGCUACAGAAGAUGACAUAAGAAUAGUAAAUUUAUGUGAAAAAUGGGAAAAAAUCCUCAGUCAUGGACUAAAGACAAAUCUUUCGAAUUCAACUUUACAAAAUUUUGUGUCUGCUGGUCUUAGCUUUACCUUUAACAUAGUUAACAUUGGCAAUUCAUUAUGGAGCUACAGUUGUCUACAUUUAACAAAACACGAAAAAGAGAGGUUCAAAAUCCUUUCCCAUAUAAACACUCCAUUAGGGUACUUCAGAGCAUUCCUUCGAGCCUCACUGAAUGAAAGAUCAAUGGAAAGAUACUUGCAAAGUUGGAUAUCCCAUGGAUUACUUGUAGAAUAUUAUGAUGAAGGGGCAUUUCUCAGAAGUUUAGAAUCAAGCUUACUUCCUGGUUUAGCUGCAGCAUUAUCAACUGUUUUGUUUGCGUUAUCAAUUGACAGACCAGAACUGAACGAGUCACAACAGUUAAAUUAUGUAAAUAAAGCAGAACUUGUGAUACCACUGCCAACACCAGUAAAAACAUCCACAAAUUCUAAAAGAAAGCCCCUAAGACAGGUUAUAUCUUUUGAUAAAGUUGAAAAAAAUAAUGACACAAAACUACAAAAAUCUAUUGAACCUGUAGAAAGUACAAGUGAAUUUUCUUGGAAUAGUGCACCUGCAACAUGUCUUAACUCUCCAGAUGCAAAGGUUGUUGUAAAAACUGUUUCUGUAAGUGAACCAACAAGUUCUGAUUGUAAAAGUGGCAUAAGACACUUCUUCCCUGACAGUGUUAAAUCCAUUGAUAGCCCUUUGCAAAUACUUUCAAAAUUGUCAGAAAGUGCCAAGGAAAUAUUUUCAAGUUCACAGAGCAGUAUAGAUAAGAAUAAUUUUGUUAAAGAUGAUUUGUCAGAUCUGAGUGUAAAUUGUAUAAAGAUAUCAGAAAGUGAUAGUGAAGAAGUUGCUGGCAGCAUUGACGGAAGCACAUCCUGCUUAGAACUGUGCUUUACAGAAGAUGAACAUGAUGAUAAGAGUCUUAAUUCUGUUUUGGAAAAUAGAGAGAAAGAUUUCAUGAAUCUCCAAUUAAUGUAUAACCAAUUUGAAGCCACAAGUAAAGAGAAAAUACACAAGUUAGAAAAAGUUGUAUUAGAUUUAAGCAAAGAGAAUGACAGGUUAAAGGAUCAACUUAGAAGUUAUAUGUCAGCUGUAGAAUUGGGUAUUGCACUUAAAAGUAGCAAUGGCCAUGAGGAAGAAAUUAAUCAAUAUGAGAGAAAAUUAGUGCAGGUGGCGGAGAUGCACGCUGAACUAAUGGAAUUUAAUCAUCACUUACAAAAACGCUUGCAGGAUUUAGAAAAUUCUGGUUUAGAAAUUUUAGAAUUACCAGAAUCCAAUGUAAAAGCUCACAUACCUAGUGCUUUUUUAGUUGGAAAAAAAACGCAUUCGUAUCAUGUGUAUCAGAUAUUUCUUAAAAUAGGACAAGAAGAAUGGAAUGUGUAUCAUAGAUACGCAAAAUUCUACGAACUACACACACAACUCAAAAAAUGUCAUCCAGACAUCACCAAUUACAAAUUUCCGCCAAAGAAAACACUGCGAAAACGGGACGCCCAGCUGGUUGAACAGCGCCGCGCCGCGUUGCAGGCAUACUUGCGACACGUGUUGCUCGUGCUGCCCGAGUUGCGCAACUGCACAACCAGGGCGCAGCUUGUCACGUUGCUGCCGUUCUUCGGAAUGUCGUCUACCACCAAAGACAAUGGCGCAAGUCAUACACUAACUCGUCAACAAUCCAACGACUCUGUGUCAACGUUUAAUGCACUGUGAUUUUAGGACUCAUAAAAGGUGCUAAUUAUGUUGUACACAAAUCUCUUAUCUAAACUAAAUUGACAGCUCUUAAAAUAGUACCAUUUUUUUGCGCUAUUUGCACUGUUCGUAAGCAUCGUCGUUAGCUAAAAAUGCCUACCGCGCUAGUGAAAUUACUAAGGUUUUCCGGCCACAUACAGAAAACUCUCUUACCAUAUUAUGCAAAACUCAAAUAGGUAAUAAAGCCCCCUUUAUUUUUAGACAGGUUAGUCAUACGAGUUCUGUAUAAAAUAAUAAGGAGCGAUUUAUAUAUGUCCUAAAAACUAUGCUUAUUUGCAGUGGCGUGCAUAGAGGGUAUGUAUGUACACAGGGUAU